GCCAAAACGGAAAAGUUAGCGCGCAUGAACACAAACGAAGUUGAAUCUCAUGAAAAGCCUGUGGGGUUUGUUCGUUGUUAAAGGUUAAUGUAAUGAGGACCUGAUAAAGCAUACUGAAGAACUUAAAGAUAUGAGCGGACCAUUUGGGCGACAGACGAGGGAGAAUGUCUUCAGCCAGCCUUCAGCCACAUUUGGCCAAGGGUUUGGGCAUGUUUUUGGCGUCCAACAGUCAUCUGGUAUGGCAUCCGAUGGAAACGUGAAGGAAGCCAAUUCCUCAAACCUGUUUGCCUCUUCACCCUCAAGUAAAGGAACUGGAUUAUUUGGCACAUCUUCAAGUGAUGGAAAGCUUUUUUCUCAAGGAAGUAAUCAGAUGGACAGUUCAACGGGAGCUGGUCAAAAUCUGUUUAAGCAAUUCACUUCUUCAGCUCCGGAAAGUCAAGCUUUCAGUGGUGGAAGUGUUUUUGGGGGAGCUAAGCUGUUCAGCAGUAGCACCAGUACUGCAGGGGAGUCUAGAUCAGUAUCUGCCAUAUUCGAGACUUCAUCUGGCACCUCAUCCAAGACAACAUCCUCUAAAAGUUUGCAAAGUGUGUUUGAUAAAGAGCCUAAACCUAAAGGAUUGUUUGGAAAUCCACCGCCUGCAAAUGUGUCUCCAGUAUUCGGUACCUCAAGUGUAAGCUCAUCAAAGCCCCGGCAGCUGUUUGGGAAAGAGGUUGGAGAACAUUCAGGUAGUUUGCUUAAAAGUGAAAAGGCUAAAGGAGGUCGUGAGCAGAAAGCCCAACAAUCAUCUGUAGAUUCUACAGCUGUGAGCGAUGAAUACUUAAAAGACCCACAUGACUUUCAAGGUGAGGAAAAGACAAAAAUUCUUUUUGGAAAGUCACAAAAAGAUGCUUCUGAGAAAACAAGCCCAAGAAGAAGACAGUUGAUCAGAAGAGCAGACAGAGGUGGAGCAGGAGCAGCCAGAAGUAUGUUCAGCAAGGCCUUGUCGGGAGUUACAGGAAAAACUGAUCGCAAAGUGGAGAAAAAAGAGCUUGACAGCACUAAAAAUCAAGCCGUUGCUGGCACUGGUCAAACACGGAAGUCUGUAGGAGGUGGGAAUGUUCAAAUGAAGCGCCUUAUGUGCAGAGAUGUACCUUCAACUGUGACCAAAUAUGAAAUUCAGAAACAUUUCUCCAAAUAUGGGAGCGUUGAAAGGGUUUUCUUAAACCCGGCAAAGAUGUCUGCUAUUGUAUAUUUUACAAAUCAUGAGGAUGCUGAAAAUGCCUAUAAGAAUGGCCACAUGAUAAGACCAAAUCAACGCUUGCAUAUAUUCUGGAAGUCCCAAGGCUCUAGUACAGGAACUGCAGCAUCAAGUAAAAUUGGUACAACUUUCAGCUCGAAAUCCACAUCAUCAUCAAGAUUGCCCAGUGGGCGAACAUUGCACAGUGAGGUGGAGGAUGAACUAGCCAGCAUGGCUGGUGCAGACGCUGGCGGGACCAUGUACAGAACCCCUGUUCGCCCUUCGGAAGUUGUCCAGCAGGAGCUCAGCCCAGAGAGGCACCCACCAGUAAGACAGUCUCACAGCCCAUCACGGUCAAUCAGCCCUUCUCCCAUAUUUACAGCUUCAGAAAAUGUGCCAAAAACUACUGUCACUAAAGCAUCUCUGGAAAGCCUUACGAUCCCAGCAAAGAACACUUUAGAUAUGUACCUUGUGCUGGAUAACAGAGACAAGAUUUUAAAACAAGGUCGAAGAAAACAGUCAGAUUUGAAAACGGCCAAAGCAGUCCAAGGGACAUGUCCAGAUAUGUGUUAUGAAAAAGAACGUUAUGACAGGGAUGCAAAGAGAAGAUUGAGUAUUUUUGAAAUGAUACCGGGAACAGAGAACAUACAAGGGCAGAAUCCGAGAGUUGACCACAGGCAUGCUGUCAAGGAAUACAGUCGCUCCUCUGCUGACCAAGAAGAGCCUCUGCCACACGAAAUGAGACCUGGUCCUGUGCUGGACAUGACUAUGACCUACCUGCUCACAGAGAUCGCAGAUAAAGCGGAUGAUAUCAUGUGGCUGGAGUGGUAUGACUUCUUGUGGAACAGAACCCGGGGCAUUCGCAAGGACAUUACCCAGCAGAUGCUGUGCGACCGAACAGCUGUUGGAUUGAUAGAGAAGUGUGCCAGGUUCCAUAUCUACUGUGCUGAAAGGCUCUGCGAGGAAGACUUCCACACAUUUGACCAGAAAAUCAACACUGAAAACUUGACCAAAAGCUUGCAAUCACUGAAGGAGCUUUACUCUGAUCUGGCCAUCAAACAACAGGUCUUUUGUGAGACAGAGGCAGAGUUCCGAGCCUACAUGGUCCUAUUGAACCUGAAUGAGGGAGAUACACUCAGAGAAGUGCAGCAGUUGAGAGGAGAAGUGAGAGCUUCAGCUGAGAUUAACUUUGCUUUGCAAGUCUACUCAGCACUCAACAGUAACAACUAUGUACGUUUCUUCAAGCUUGCCAAGAAAGCCUCGUUCCUGAAUGCCUGUAUUAUGCACAGGUAUUUUGUGCAGGUUAGAAGCCAGGCUCUAAAAACUAUGUUGCGAGCAUUUGCUUUUGGAGGACGACCAAUACAGUUCCCAUUAAUUGAGCUGAUGCGAGUGCUGGCAUUUGAGGACACGGAGGAAGCAGCUGAGUUCUGCAUGCAUUACGGUCUUUUGACCAAGGCUGGGGAGGUUUGCCUUGAUAGGAACUCCUACAUCGAGCCAGAGUUGGGGAUAUCGCUAAGAAGGGCCCAUUCUGUCAUAGAGUCCAAACUUACAGUGUCCGUAGGAGAGGUGAUAAAUGGAGGACCCUUGCCUCCGUUGACAUUACCAGAGCCACAGAUUAGUUUUGAUGUUAAUGGCCGAUACAUUGGAGAAAUGCCCACAGUAGAAGCUCCUCCCAUUGAAGUGCCUGAAGAAAUUGUUUCAAAACCCCCAAAAUCUGUGGUACCAAAUGAGAUUGUGAAGGAGAUCGCUCGUCAGUUGUUCCUGGAAAUCAUUGAAGAGUUUUGUCUAGAGGUGUCCUCUCAGUUCCACAGUGCAAUCCACUCUUAUCUGGACACGACCUCUGAGGAAAUAUGGACCUCUGUGUAUGAAGAGAUCUCCACCCCUAUUAUAAAGUCUUGUUGUGAUGCAGAAUUGAGGACUAGGAAGGAGGAAAAAGAGAGAGAAAUGGCUAUUGCAGCACGUAUAGCUCAGCGGAAGUUACAUGCUCGAGAGGAGAUGGAAUUAAUGAUAGACGAAGUUAUCAGUGAUGAAGUUUUGAAAAUUUCCACGUCUGAAGUCAGGGCAAUCGAAAUGCAGCUGAAGCAGGAACAGAUUGCUCGAUGUUCGGAGAAUGUGCAUGACGAGGUGCUACAAGAGGUGGUUUCCGAUGUGAUACAGGAAACUACGGAGGAAGUCUACCGUGUUGACGUGGAAGAAAGGCUUCAAGAGCUUGAGGAUCUGGAAGAUUGUGUGCGGCUUUACAGAGUUGCGAAAUUUUGGCACAUCUGGAAGAGGAUGUACGCAACUAGGAUGAGGCUGAGAUCCAUGCUUACAUUUCCGGGUGCUCCGUCAACUGAGCAUGUCACGGAUCAAGUCGAUGUGCUCAUUCCAGGUCGAGAGUAUGACCGAGUUCAUAACGCUGCUGUCUACAUCAAUGAUGCAGCUAAGCUUCAUGUUCUGGGCCCUCUAGUGGCUGAGGAAAAACAAAAGCGAUUGCAUAGAAGGAUAACAUUACAUCACAUUCUGCAGCGUCUUCGAUACCAUGUGGCAUAUUCCCCUCUAAACCUGGGCCCUAUUGUUGGUAAACCAUUGGUGCAAGCUUGGCAGGCACAGACAGGACGGAAAUGUAACGUCAAUGACAAAGUCUUCUGGAAACUUGUGAUUUCAUUACCGAAUGACAAUGAAUGUGAUGACCACUCCUCAGUGUUUUCUGAUUGGCUCAUUUCAAAGUUCAACAAAGGGCCAGUACCAGAAUUGGAUACAUAUUCGAAGAUUGAAACUGUAGCUCUGUACACAACUCCUCUUCGAUUUUCACAUCAGCCAGUUUCAAAUUUGGCAACAUGUGUGAAAAUUGUCCAUGGAAUGCUGAAGCGAGAAGAAAUAGAGCAGCUGAAUGUCAGCUCUGAUAAAGCUUUACUUGGAACAAGCGCUCUGCUGUUUGUUCUCUACCUUCCAGAAAUCUUAACUGAAGAGUUCUGGGCUAAGUCUUUGCACAGGCUGUUGGCAAUCCUUGAUAGCAAACCAAAGCGGCCAAGUCUACCUUUGGUGAUUAUAUUGGUAGGAGAAUCUGAUAGUUUAUCUACCCAAACAGUUGAGCAGAACCUUGGAAUUACAAGGUUCCAGGAAGAUCUGUUGUUGUCAUCAGUGUACACAACCAGGAUGCAGUCCUCAUCUAUCUCUGGGGUGGAUGUUCUCUCAUCAGCAUCUAAUAGCAGGGUUGCUGAAUGUAUUCGGUGGUUGAGCGAGCAUUACACAGUCCCAGUAGAUCUGAAGUCUAGUAGACUACUCUCUUUGCUUGAGGAGACCCUGGCAAGUGAGUUCUACCAACCUGUUCUCCAAAACCUGAAGCAGAGAAAGCUGGAAGGUCACCUUCACCAGUCUCCUGCAGUGCUGAUUGAGCUGUACAACGCAGUCAUCACCCAUCUCCAAGAUACAGUUACCUCCGCAGAUCUGACAGAGUAUUCCUGGCCAGUGUCAGAGUUCUCGUAUUCCAACUCAGACUUACCUAGUUCGCACUGGAACAGUGAGCAUCACCUGGAGUACCUUUUUGACAUUUUUGCUGCCCUUACCCUGCCAGACAUCACGUUUACCAAUAUACAAGAUGCAACGUGGACAAAGGGAUGUGAGGAUGUGUGGGAAUAUGUGUCCACUGUAAUACAGAACGAGUCUGGAUGCUCAAAGAAAACACAAUUCAUGUCACAAGUGCGCAGACACCUGGAGAAAUGUGAGAAGGAGUUUGAAGACACCUGUUUUCUGGUUGAAGGAGAUCAUGCUUGUGAGCCUACAUAUGUCAAUAUACCAUGGACUGACAUCAUCAUGGCAGCUGUCGACUUCAGACUUGCAUGUGUCUAUAAUGACAGCAUGGGAGACGAGAAAUCACUGGAAAUGGUCCAUUAUUUGCCACGUGAGUUUCAACCGCCAGAGUCAUGGUACAUUGCAAAAUCAGAAAGAAAUACAUCAGAGAGUACAUUUCUAAAGUCUACAAUUCGUUAUGCAUCUGAGAAAAGACGGUUUAAGAAUAGUGAGGCUAGUGAAGAUCAUGCAAGUGUCAAGAGGUCUCGCCUGGAGAACAGAACAGAUACAGAACAGACGUUGAUGCAUGGUGCAAAGUUGGCUUCUGCUGCAGAUGAUGCUCUUGAUGUAGACACUGUUGUUCACCCUCUGAAGCAGCAACUGGCUGCAGAAAAAAAGCAAUCCAUGAAGUGCGCAGACUUGUUGAAAAAAGCUCUGGAGUCAGAAUGUGUUGAUCUAGGUCAUGAAUCCAUGGAGAUUAACUCUAGCAAUUUGUCUGUGCCUUUGUGCCCUAAUUACUCCAACAAGGAAUUAGCAAGCUCGAGUCUGUCUGCACUGUCCAGUCAUGACCUUGAACUUUCUCUACGUAAACCAAAAACUUCUGUGAAGUCAUCAGAGGGUGACAUCAGCAUGGAUUAUCUCAGGGAUUCUUCAGAGACGGUGCAAGAUCGUUGCUUUAGCCUGAUUCGAGCAUUGUCAUCGGAGAAGCGGGCUUACAAACUCUUCGAAAUGAAGUUGCAGAAUAUGAUGGACAGAUGACGUUUAUAGAACAUAUUACAUUUUAAAAAUGCCCUAGUCAAGACAAUGUUCUUGAUAUAUAAAUAGGCCCAGAAUUGUUGGAUUCAGUGAAAAUGUCAUGUUCACAGCACUGUUUUGAAGGAAAAAACCAACAUAAAAUAUAUAUAUAUUACUGAAAAAAAAAAAAUUUUGAAUUUCAGGCUUGUUAACAUUCAGAUCAACAGGGUUUCAAAACAGAGGACGUGUGUGAACAAGUUAUCCUGGUGACAUGUGAACCAUCUUUGUAAUUUGACACCAGUGAGAUUGAAAUUAAAAUUAGAUAACACCCAGGACUAAGUGUGCUUACAAAUAUGAAGAACAUUUUACUGCAAUUUAUUGAAUCAGAAGAAGUCUUUUUCUGGUUCACUCAUGCUUCAUUUGCUCCAUGAUUUCUGAGAAAGAAAUAAAACAUUAUAGACACUAAUUCUUCAACCUUUUCAACUGCCUGUGCAACAAAUAUUUUGAAACAUUCUGAGAGAACUAUGAUGUGUAAAGAAAAAAUGUGAAGCUUACAUUUGCAGUGACUCAAGUAAAUCAUGUUUAGUGUCAUUUUCAUGAUAGUUGUACGCAUACAUUCCUCUGAAAAAAGUUUUUUUAGAAGUAAUAAAGGUUAAAAAUUUA